CGUCGAUCACAACAAGAAGGCCGCGAAAUGGCGACAGCGCAGAUCUCAGAGAACCUUAUCACGCUCAAGGGCUCGACUGAGAUCGUCACCGAGUUCUUUUCGUACAGCAUCAACACCAUUUUGUACCAGCGUGGCAUCUACCCUGCGGAGAGUUUCAAGCAGGUGCAGAAGUAUGGCCUGAACAUGCUCGUCACCGACGACGACAAGCUCAACGACUUUUUCACCAAGUUCCUGCAACAGUUGUCGAACUGGCUUCUGAAGGGCGAAGUGCAGAAGCUGGUGCUCGUCAUCACUGGAAUUGGGACGCAAGAGGUGCUGGAGCGGUGGGCCUUCGAAGUUCACGCCGAGACUGGCACAGGCGAAGGUGGAAGCACGGCAGCCUCCAAGCCCAAGAAGGAGAUCAUGUCUGAGAUCCAGGCGAUUAUUCGGCAGAUCACGGCUAGCGUCUCGUUCCUGCCUUUGCUGGAAGAGCAGUGUACCUUCGAUCUGUUAGUGUACACCGACAAGAACUCGGAAGUUCCUGCAUUGUGGGAAGAAUCGGACCCUCGCUACAUCAAGGAUUCUGCAGAAGUGCGUCUGCGAUCCUUCUCCACGAAGGUCCACAAGGUCGACGCGAUGGUAGCCUACAAGAACCCGGAAGCCGACAUCUAAGUGCCGCAUAAAUGCUGUCGUUUUCUGCGAGCGGCAUCACCGUAUCUACUUACUGCUUCU